CAAAUAAUCCAACCCAAAAGUCAGUAUCCUCCUGCAAUUGUCAACGGAAACAUCAUCAUCGAUUAGACAAUUCCGAAAGAGUCCGACAUGUCGGCGCCCGCCAGCAAGAUCAACCACCCGACAGUCUCAGAAAUCCCAACAAUCCAUUGGAAUUGGAGCCCGUCAACAUCUCUGCUCUGAGAAGGGAAAAAAACCACCAAUCCGAAGAUCAAGCACAUGGGGUUUCUCACCUUCGCCGCCGCAGGCGGCGGCCUGAUUUUGAUGGGCGCAUACGAGGCCAUUUCUUCUUCAAUCCAAAACCCAAACGCAGAUUCAGAUUCAGAUUCAUCUCCGCCGUCGCCGCCUCAAGCUCCGAUUCGUCCCCCGCCGCCGCCGAAAACCCAGUCUCGAUCGUCGUCGAUUUAUUACCUCGCCGCCGCCGUUGUUUCGUUGCUGUUCAUCUUGAACUCUUUGGUUUCUUUCUUUGAUGCGCUCGACUCAGCCGACGGAGUCGGGUCAGCUAUGCAAUUGCAAGUCCUGGCGGUCGCAUCGCUGUUCUUGCUCUACGCGAUCACGGGUCUUCUGGUAAAAUUCACGAAUUCAACUUUGCCUUGUUCGUUGCUUAGUUUGAUCGGUCUUUUCGCAUUCGUUGAAGAAUUUUUAAUGUUUUACCUGCAAAGGAAAGACACUUUCGGAAUCGAAAAUCGGUACUUUGAUCUGUUGCUUGUGCCUAUUGCUGUGUGUAUAUUUUCUACAAUGCUUGAAUUCAACAACCCCAAAUCGAAUUAUCCGAAAUUGGCUCGUGGGGUUGGGCUGGUUCUGCAAGGAAUGUGGUUUCUGCAAAUGGGUAUUUCUUUGUACACCGGCUUCAUAGCGCACGGAUGCUCGUUGCACGAAAAGAGUAGAGGGAAUUACACAGUGAAAUGUAAGGGGCACCCUGAGUAUCACAGGGCUAGAGCCAUCGUCACGCUUCAGUUUAACUGCCAUCUUGCUUUUAUGGUGGUUAUGGUUGUGGGAGUGUACUCGAUUAUCAGUAGGAAGAGUGGCGGAGUUCGGGUUGAUGUUUCGCACUAUAAGCCGCUUGGCACAGAAAUACAUCAGUUUGAUAAUCAGAGCCGGUUUACUUUGGAUUCUGAUGAGGAUGACGAGAUUAAAGAGGAGGGGAAUUUGGCAAUGCAGAGAGCCGGCGAAGUGGAAUUGGGUGUGAACGGUUAUGGUUCUCACAAGUGAGGUAUAUCUUACCGAAUUUUGAUAAGCGAGUUGGAAGACUCUUGUUCUGGUUUCAUGCUGCAUUUUUGCAUUCAGUUUCAACUGACUUCCUGAACUUGAUUAUCGUUGUUGGCGUUCGGAUGAAAUACUGAUAUUAAGUAGUUCUUUGUAGCUUUUCUAUAGCUUGAUAUUCUUUAUGGAUCCGCUCAUCAGCAUAUAUGGAUUUGGAAAAUGAUGUAAUAGUUCUUCAAUCUUUGAUCUUAAAUCGCAUUAAGCUUCCUAGAUCUUUUCUAAACUGCGAUCGUGAAAGUAAAUUGAUGUCUGGUCUUUUAUUAA